GAAGGCAGCAGCAGAGCUUAUUUUACAUUUCAAAAUGACGGACCCAACAACGUCGCCCGAGGAUCACUGGAAAACAGACGGAGCUUUCAGUGACAGUGGCUUUGACCCUAGUUUCUUUGCUGAAACGGGCAGAAAGGGUUCUAUUGUGUCCAGAGCCAACAGCAUCGGCUCGACAAGCGCCUCUUCAGUACCCAAUACAGAUGAUGAAGACAGUGAUAACAAACAUGAGACGUCGUAUAAGGACUCGUAUAAAGAUCGGCGGAGACAAGCGCACACACAGGCUGAGCAGAAACGCAGGGAUGCUAUCAAGAAAGGCUACGAUGACCUCCAGUCCAUAGUACCAACCUGCCUGCAGCAGUCUGACUUUGCAGUGGGAGCGCAAAAGAUCAGCAAGGCCACCGUGCUACAGAAAACAAUCGACUACAUCCAUUUCCUUCAUAAAGAAAAGAAGAAGCAAGAGGAGGAAGUAACUGUGCUAAGGAAAGAAGUGAUGGCGCUGAAAAUCAUGAAAACCAACUAUGAGCACAUCGUGAAGGCCCACCAGAACCACCCUGCGCAGGGAGAGGAUCAGGUGUCGGACCAGGUCAAGUUCAACAUCUUUCAGAGCAUCAUGGACUCCCUGUUCCUGUCGUUCAGCAACUCUGUUUCAGUGAGCAGCUUCAAAGAGCUCUCUGCCUGCGUCUUCAGCUGGAUCGAGGAGCACUGCGAGCCACAGACGCUGAGGGAGUUUGUCGUGGGAGUGCUCCGGCAGCUCAAUGGACAGCUUUAUUGACUCAACUCUCAGACAAACUGACUUUAGGCUUGCUCUGGCCUCUCGGCAUGGGGUCAAAACUUCAAUCAGCCUCAGGCCACACCACAGUAUUUACGCUCACUUCGGCUCACCAGUAACUCCCUGGCUGCAAUUGGAUUACCUCAACCUCACACUAUGGGCCGAGACGAGACGUCGGGUUGGAUUGAGCGGUCACAUGUUUUAAGACAAAUCCCCCCCUCAUUGUAUUGUACAUACAUACCGUUGUGUAUAUUUCAGCCUCUGCUGAUUGUUCUGCUUUGAAAUGCAAGGGGGAACACAAACUUCAUUUGAAAAACUGUUUUCAAAUGAAUGUAUACAGUGGAGGAAAUAAGUAUUUGAUCCCUUGCAGAUGUUGUAAGUUCACCCACUUACAAAGAAAUGAACAGUCUAUCAUUUUAAUGGUAGGUUUAUUUGACAAAUGAGACAGAAUAUAAAAAAAUAAUUCCAGAAAUUGACAUUAUAUAAAAGAUAAUUGAUUUGCAUUUAACUGUGGGAAAUAAGUAUUUGAUCCCCUUGCAACAAACAAUAAUUCUGGAGAGGAUCUUCAGAGAGGAGUGGACCACAAUCCUUCCUGUGAUGUGCACAAACCUGGAGACCAACUACAAGAAGUGUCUGACCAGACCGUAGAGUGUAGACUGUAGAGUGCAUCUAGUUGUUUGAAUUUACCGCAGUUGCACUUGCAAAUCAAAACCAAGACUCCUCUCCCAGAUUGAUAAUAGUAAUUUGUCUGCGAUCUAUCAACCUAGCUAAUAGAAAUAGAGAGAAGACUAAAGGAAAAAAAACCUCAUUAGCCAAGUCCUGGUGCUAAUGGCUGCUCUCAGCUUCAGUGCACCCAUGAGUCAGCCAUACCUCUCUGUAGCACAACAUGCUAAUGCUAUACUACUGGAGGGUUUCUCCUAACUGCAAACGGGAAUACACCAUUACAUUUGAAAAACUUGUUCUUUUAUGUGCAGUGUUCAUUAAUGUAUCUGUCACAAGAUGACAUGUAUGCUUAAAUCUCAUGGAGUUGUGCAAUGUAGGCAGCAUAAACAAUUUUAGAAAAUUAUUUAUAAAAUGUGAACUUCAACGCACAUUGGGAGGAGAUCCUGUUUAAAAUAGUUAGUCAAUGUUUAUGAACGUUUUUCAGGAGAUGUUCAAUAAAAAGUGUCGAUUCUCUGCAAUCUUCUGUGGUCUACAAUAAGCAGUUUUAAAAUUAAGUUGUGUAAAAUGUAAUCCUUGAGAUUUCAAUUUCAAGUCACUGUUGUUGCUUUAAUCACAGGGACAUUUCUUUUUUUGACUGUCUUGUUGCCUUGUUAUUUGUUGUGUUAUAAAUGUAAUCUACUGUAAAUACACAUUGAAAGUGAAAUCCACAAGUCAAAACACAUUCAA